CUAACAGAGGGUGGUCAGUGUUUGGGUUUUAGUUUUUAUGUUAGGCUGAUUACUAAGGUGAAAGCUUCACUGGGAACUAGCCUACAGCACCCACCAGCUCAGGCAAGAAGAUUACCGACCAUGGGGCCAUAGUGGCACUGGCUCUACUGCCAUACUUACACACAUAUUUAAAGUUUAACUUGGCUAUCAAAAACGAGACGUUCCUAAAGUAGAAGUCCUUUCAUUUUGGCCAUGAAAGGCUCAGCUGUAUGGGUUAUGGUGGAAUAUACUUGCCGAGUUCUUGGCAUCUCGACUGCUGCAGUACUUUGUGCUGUGGGCAUAGAGACUCUGACAGAGGGGGAGUUCAAAAGCCUGGCCGUAUAUCUCCUGUUCUCCUCUGUGGUGAUAAUGCUUUUUGAAGUUUCCUAUUUCAUUGAUGCUCUGUUGGCAAUGUGCCUCCCUUGUCCACCCACUUGGAAGUUCUUCAUUGUUUGGAAGAAGAUGGCUAAAGUUGGGGGGUUCCAGAAAUUUCUAUACUACACAAUGAUGUCCGUGAUGUGUUUCCUGCAUCCAGUGCUUGUAUGGCAUGCAGUAAUACCAGGAAUUAUGUUGCUAGUGACUGGAUUCUUUAACUUCAUACUGAGCAAAAAUAAAAAGUUAGAUCCACCUAAAGACCGCAGUGCAUCUUAUGGUGACCCAGCAAUGUCUUCUGUCUGUGUCACAGAUAUGGGGGAUACUGAACAGACAUUUUCUUUCUUCCACAUCACCUCGGGCAAAAGAGCAUCUUUUUUCCAUAGCAAUAGCCAAAUAUUCGGCCCAACAGACAGUGCCCAGUCAAUGCUUGGGCAGGACCAGUCAGCGAAGAGUGCACAGCGCAAGAAAAGACAAACAGACACAAGAAAUGUGCACUUCAUUGAGAGUUUCAGACAGGAUGAUAAUGAGAUGGAAGAAUACCAUGAGAUGGAACCAGAAGAGACUAUGUCAGAUAAAGCACCAAUGAUUAGACUGUAAAUGUUAACUUGGGUUAUAAAUGUAUUCGGGCACUUUCAUGUCAACAAACAGAUUUCAGAUUUCAACUUUUUUCUUUAUCUUUUAUGAAGGUCUCAUGUAAACUGAAUUGGAAACUUCAUUAUUUAUUUCAUAAUUUAUUUUUUACUUCAACCUUUUUGGUCAUUUGAAAUGCCUUUUAUGUAUAUAUUUUACCUUAUCCAGACUUUCAAUAUUAAACUGUGAAAAUCCAUCAUAAAAAUGCAAAUUAUUACAUGUUCAAACCUAUGAUAAUCUUAAAAUAAACAUAAACCAUUUUAGUAUUUAUUGUGUAAAAAUGAAUUUUAAAUUGUCUUCUAAAAUUAUGACUUUCCCACAAUUGUGUGUCCUUUCCUGACCACACCAAUCAAUUUUGUCCCUAAUAUAUAUAUAUAUAUAUAUAUAUAUAUAUAUAUAUAUA